UGUCUCCUUUCCUCCCCUCGCUCAACCUCUUCUUUGACUCUUGGACGCAGGCGGGCAGGCGGGCAGGCGGCACAACACUGGUGCUGGUGCGUGCACGGACCGCGGAUGGGACGGGCGGAAGAUGGCUGACUUAGCCCGGCACGGCAAGCCCUCGGUGGCAUCACCAGCUCCAAACGGGCCGCUGAGAAGCUGCAAGACAUCCGCCGUCUGGCAACAGUAAAGAGCUGCCUCUCGUUCCCACUCCUCACCUCCGACCCCCCCCCCCCCCCCCCCUCACCACCGCUCCUCCCCCAACCGCAAAUAUUGACAGAAGUAUCGGUGAGAAAACAUGGCAGAGAUGGAAAAAGAGGGCAGACCUCCGGAAAAUAAGAGAAGCCGAAAACCUGCGCACCCGGUGAAAAGGGGGAUUAAUGACGAGAUGAAGAGCUUUGCAGAGAACACCAUGAACGAGCUGCUGGGGUGGUACGGCUACGACAAGGUGGAGUUGAGAGACUCGGACAACUUGGAUACCAUCGGUCAAACGCCGCAGCACAUCUCUGUCCUUAAAGAAAAUUUGUUGCCAAAAAUUCCAUCUUCAAGACCAAGCAGCAAUGUGUCCCCGGAUGGAGCCAACAGCUCACAGUGUCUGCCAAACUUCAGAAACGGAAUCUCAGAACACCCCACCACAUCGUCCACCUCUACAGCCAGCACCAAGGAACACGGCAACCAGCCCGUCACUGUCCCGGUCCUCCCCCCGCCACUCAUCAAGCCACCAACAGAUGACGAUGUCACCAGCGUGCAGAUCAUGUGCGCCUGGUGCCAGAAGAUCGGCGUCAAACGCUACUCUCUGAGCAUGGGGAGUGAGCUGAAGAGUUUCUGCAGCGAGAAGUGCUUCGCAGCCUGCCGCAGAGCCUACUUCAAGAGGAACAAGGCGAGAGACGACGAUGGCCUCGGUGGGAAAUUACUCCAGCACAGCUUUACUCAGGACUCGCCCAGGCUUGUCUUCAAGACAAACAGCGAUGUGCUUGUAUGUGACUGGUGCAAGCAUAUCCGCCACACUAAGGAGUAUCUCGACUUUGGGGCUGGUGAACGACGGCUGCAGUUCUGCAGUGCCAAAUGCCUGAACCAAUAUAAGAUGGACAUUUUUUAUAAGGAGACCCAAGCAGCGUUGCCUGGAGCUCUCUGUAACCCUCAAGGCGAGGCUCAGGCAGAGUGCGGCGGAGGCGGCGGCGGCGGCGGCGGCGUGCGGCUGCUCACUCCCGAAUCCUGGGGAACACAUUUAUCGGACAUUCGUCGGAAAGCUCCCUCACCCGGAGGGCCCGCCAACUCUUUGGCUCCUUGCACUUCAUCUGCCACGUCCUCCUCGGAUGCGAUUUGCUCUCCAUCCUCCUCUUCUGCCAAGAUCCCCGCACCUCGAAGCCACGAGAGCCCAGCGCCCCCGCCCCCUCCUAUGCCGACUUUCGGGGUCCCUCCGGGGAGUCCUCCGAUGGUGAUGACUCCCCGCGGGCCGAUGCCUUUGCCUCUGUUUAUGGAACAUCAGAUGAUGCAGCAAAUCCGGCCGCCAUUUCUCCGUCCGUCCGUCCACCCGGGUGGAGCCAACAGUCCCCUGUCAAACCCCAUCAUUCCUGGUAUAGGUCCCCCACCUCCAUCCAGGACUCUCGGUCCUGCCUCGAGCCCCAUGCACAGACCCAUGAUGUCCCCUCAUGUCCAUCUCUCAUCCAGCAAUCCCAAUCCUGGCAUCAUCCCCCCGCAUCCCGGUCUCCACAUGCCGGGAUUUGCCCCUUACCCCUCGGUCAACAUGCUGCCCAAUGGACCCUUUCCUAUGCCGCCAAUGAUGAAUUACGGCAUGCCGUCCUUAGCCCCAUUAGUACCGCCACCGACCCUUUUGGUCCCUUACCCUGUCAUUGUACCUCUUCCAGUGCCCGUUCCCAUUCCAAUUCCAAUCCCUUUCAACCCCAAAUCUUCCAGGAACCAAGCAGAAGACGCUGAGCCUCUCUCCAGUGCGCCUUUGUCUUCAGACAAUUCAGCAAGCGGGCUGUCAAAGUCUUCUGGAGAAGAGAGAGGCCAAGAAAGAGAAGAUCCCGAUGGUGUAGAGUGUCUCUCUCCUGGAUGUUCAGAUAGAAACAGGUCAUUCGUCUCCAACAAGACUGUGAAGGUAGAAGAUAAUAUGAGAAAGCUAUGCUCAACUCUUGACACUGGACAAACGGAAGGCGUUAUCGAUCUAACAGUAAGCCAGAAAUCGUGCCAACAGCACGUUAUUCCGAAGAUUCUGCCUAAGGUUCACGUCAAAGUAGAGGCGGAGUUUGAGGAUGUCGGGCUGGAAAGGGAAGUCAAUGGCUGUCGUGAUCUUGACGCAUUACAACAAGCCCACGCAAAUACUGAGCUGUUUGUAGCCACCAGUUUGCAAACAUCAGAUUCGCCCUCGGGCAGAAAUAGCUCUCAUCUGGAAAGCGACGUUAGCCUAUCACCUGCUCCCAGCACGCCAAGAACCCAAGCCCACCCUCAAACCAACCCCGCUGCCAUCGUCAACGGUUCACGUCAUACUCCCAAUUUGAACUGGGACAGAACAGGAGACCGUCUCACGUCGGAGGCUGACGUAGGGGAGCACGCGGCAAAUGGCGAGUUGGAACGAGAAGCCCUCAAAGAAAACAAUUGUUCCGAGCGCGGCUCAUCGCAAGAGCAGACGGUAGAGGCCACGGAGGGCAAAGCCGACCCUGACUCCAACUUGGAGGAGGGUGAACGCGCUUACACCCUGCCACUGCUAUCUACCGGGGCUUGCGUGGUGAUCCAGCCUGUGGCAAAGCCCGGCACUGAGAAGACAGCCAUCCUUUCCUGUUCCAUCAGUGCGCCAUUAUCAGCUGCCGGAAGCCCUGAGCUGGAGCCCCCCAUGAAGAGGAGGUGUCUGCGAAUCCGCAAUCAAAACAAAUAAGAUGGAUACUCUAAGGACCACUGUGCCAUCCAUCCAUGCAUCCAUGCAUCCAUGCAUCCAUCCAUCCCUCCAUUCAUCCCUCCCUCCCUCCCCUCCCUCCCUCCCUCCCUCCCUCCCUCCCUCCCUCCAUCCAUCCAUGUCACAACACACACAUUCACGCACGCACGCACGUGUCCUUGCGAUCAUCCAAAGUACCAGCAUUUAGACUUCUUCAAAUGGAUAACAUUUGCAUGUCAUAGAAAAGAUGACAGCACAGCGCUGCUCUUGGUUUGUGUCAUUGAUGCCAUCAUGGGAAGUCUGGGGGACAGCAAAUCACACUGCACAACAGGCCCAUCCACCUACAGUAACUUCUCUGGCUUUUCUAUUCCCUCCAGACUGCAGCACGCUCUGCAAAGCUGUUUGGAAGUUUGUCAUUGUUUUAUAGAGCCCUGCACUGUUGUCUAAUUGGAGUCCCACAAGACAUAUCUUGAAAUCAUUGCUGCAGUGUGUUACUGUCGCUUCACCCAGUUCUCUCUCUUUGGCCUUAUUAUAUGACAAGCAGAAAAGUGCACUUGGCAACCAAACGCUCUGUUUUCCGCAUUUUGAUGGGAGGAGCCGCAAACAUCAUCCUUACGGUCGACGGAUAACCAUAUGUGAAUAUUAACCACAUCACGAUGUUGUGCAGCCUCAGUAUUUCUUGGUGGAUUCCAUUUGGUUUAUCUUAAACCUCACAGAAUUCAAUUCACUGAAUGAUAUUUUAAAAAAGAAAAGAAAAGCAGGCCCUUUUUUUGCUGUUACUGUCACAGGCCAUUUUGAUGCUCUGAAUUGAGACAGGACUGAGUGAAGCCAGCAUUUACGUAAAUAUUAUGGACAAGAAUAAUCAAACACCAGGCAAUCUGAAAUGUUUGCUUCACGUUUGUAAUUGAAUUUCCUUUUUUUUGCCAGAUUUGUUCAUGUAUGUAUAAUAUCCAAUUCAAGAACUAGGACCAUCCAUAAUCACGUGUUGAGUUGAAAUCAUGUUUUAUCACUUGUGGUGUGUUCAAACCAUCACCUUGCUAAAUGGAUUCAUCUGAGUUGCCAAAAUUUGCAAGCACUUAGCGUCAAAUGAAUUGCCCGCUCCAUGGGACAUUACUUAUCAGCUUUUUUCUUUCUAACUGUCGUGUUGAGACUUUUGUAUGUCCAGUAUUUGGUUAUUCCUGGAAAAGCUCAUCACUACUAUGCAUCCUCAUCCAGUAAAUGGCUGUAAAGUUCAUUUUGUGUGUGGGAUGUGAGGGGGAGGUAGGUGCAAGCAGCAGCAGCAGCAGCAGCAGUAGCGGCGGCAGCGGCGGAGAUUGCAGAGUGCAAUCAUCUGCUGCCUAUUAGUCAUGCAUUUAGCUGCACGUAGUUGCUUGCCAAGGCCUUGUUUUGCUGUCACUUGAAGCAUUUCCUUUCACUUCUCUCUAAUCAAUGUCAAUGCCAGUCAUUCUGGAGCUGCCCUUAUCAACUUGUUGCUUUCUCUGCAUUCUUCUAAACACCGCCUGCCACCUUUAUGACAUUUCAUCAGAGGAGAGAUUGAAUGGUUUCUUUCAAUCAUGUUAAUAACUCGGGCUUUCAAAUGCUUUUCGUCACUGUCCAUCGUGAUUUUUAAUUUUUUCAUCCAAUUCUAAUCUUUCAUUCUUUGUUGGUUCAUUGAAUGGUUUUGAGGGUCAGCUUUCAAAAGCAUACACAGUGUACAGCGUAAGCAAAAAGUGAAAGGCCGUGGGACAUUCCAAGAGCAAGAGGAAAAGACAAAUAGCAAAGGUGUUCUUGCAUUGAUCCAUGUUUGUCCUGUCAGCAUCAGGAUGGAAUAAUGAAUGACACAAUAUUUACUUUAAUCACAGAAUGGACCUUUCCGGUAAAGACACCCUCAGGGCAUUAUCAUCUCCAAACAUGAGUAGGUAAACAAAAAUUGUGAAACCACCAAGGUUGACUCACAGUCCUUUUCGAGAACGCUAGUUGACUUACGAUUUGUACGUGCAAUAUUCGGAAUACAUUUGACAAAUGAUUCCCACCAUCAAACUCUUGCUAUCAUAAGCCUUUCAUUUUUAGCUGUAUUCUAGUGGAGCUGAGCAUUCAUGGAAAUCAUUUGUGUACUCUAAAAGUGCAACUACACGAUGCUCUCCGCAUUUCCAACUUUUGCGCUAAGCGACGAUAUCAAAGUGUCAUUGUUACAUGGAAAUUCCGCUUCACCCAAUCAGUUUUUGUGAUGGCCAAUAAAACAAAUAUUAUCCAUCAUACAAAUCUGUUAGAUGAUAGACUGCAGGCCGGUUCCAUCGCUAUGAAUUAUGCAACGACAACCGACCCUAAAAGUGACAAAAAAUUAAAAAA